AACUCUCACUUCUUCUCUCGUCAAUCUCUCUCUAGUGCAAAACAACACAAACACAACAAAACAAAAAAUGUCAUCGAAAUGCAGCAAGAUCCGCCACAUUGUCCGGCUCCGCCAGAUGCUACGGCGGUGGCGCAACAAAGCCCGCAUGUCCUCCGCCACCCGCGCCGCGCCAUCCGAUGUGCCUGCAGGACACGUGGCAGUUUGCGUGGGCGCAAGCUACACCCGAUUUGUGGUGCGCGCGACACACCUGAACCACCCUGUCUUCAAGAAGCUUCUGGUCCAAGCUGAGGAAGAGUACGGCUUCUCCAACUCCGGUCCGUUAACAAUCCCCUGCGAUGAAACCCUCUUCCAAGAGAUCCUCCGGUUCAUUUCCCGGUCUGACUCAGACAAAUCGAACCGGUUCAUCAACUUUGAUGUUGAGGAUUUUCAGCGGUACUGCCACGUGGGAUUCAUGAACAACCUUGAUUUCUGGCCAGAGUCUCGACCGCUACUCACUGAUAAAACCAUCUGGUAGCUUGCAGCUUCCGGACCGGAUGGUUCGACCUGGUUCUGUUCGUUUAGCCGCUUUGAUUCUAACCAACCCGGGUAAAAUGUUGGAAAUUUUUGCCUCAAAGGGGGCAGAGCGAGUUGGGCUUUAUGGUGACUCGGGUGAGUUUACUUGACCGAGUUGAGUAAUUUUGGGAAGCAAGUGAGAACUUUGCGAUUUGUGUUUUUGAGAUUGAUGUGACCAUUGUCACAAUGCUGAGCUGAUCGGAGAUGGCAAGAGGGUGGCAGAGUAUAUGCAUCGUCCACCGAGUCGUCCCGGGUUCGGAUCGGAGCGGAGGCGGUGAGUUGAUGAUUAUUUUCGAGCUGAGUUACGAGUCUCUGACUCGACUCGGGGCAACAAUUUCUGUAAACUAUGUAUGUAUAUGUAUGUAUUUUUUUAAGUCAUUAUUAUUCUUCAUGAGAAAUGAAAUGAAACUGUAGAGAAGUUUGAGAUUUGAAA